UAAAAUAAUAGUAUUUUCACUAGUUUGGUUAAGAAACGAAAACAAGAACCUCAUGAAACCACGAUAAAGCAUUACAACUUCCGUAUCUUAUUAGAAAUAGUAUUACUUUUGUUGACGAAUGUGGCUUGAGUUUAGAGUCUAAGAUUUAAAAAGCAAACUUUUUAGGACUUACUUUUUAUAAACAUAGUCGAUUUGAAGAAAAAACGUAUUUUCAGCUCGUUUUAUCUUUAUUUUUAAAAGUUUUGGAGUUGGACAGUCUUAGGGACAUAUAGUAUACUAUAGUAAUAGUAUACUGUAUAGGCUAUAGCGGGCAUCAUAAUGAGCCGUGGACAUACUUUAUCUGGAUCUAGCUCCAGUGAAGAUGAGAUACCAUCUUUCAAGCAACCAAUAAAGAAACGCCCCCACGAGUUAACAGCAUACCACUUCUCUAGAUCAGAUUCCAGUCAUGAUAGUGAUAAAGAUGAAGACUCUCCAGUGCCUUUAAAGAAAAAGUAUGGAUUGGACACAGGAUCAGAAAGCAUUAAAAACAAGGUUUCUUCUGUUGGUAAUGACUUUGCCAAACGGAUGAUGAACAAAAUGGGUUUUGAAGCUGGAAAAGGCUUAGGUAAAUAUGGCCAAGGCCGAACAGAUGUAGUGGAGCUUUCAAAGCAGCGUGGCCGAAGAGGUUUUGGUUUGCACCUGGAAGGAUUAGAACCAUGCAAUGUGUCAUGGGACUUUGAAGCAGAAAAGGUCUCUGCCGAAGAAAGGGUUUUAUGGAUGCCUGAGUGUCAUGAUGAUCCCCCUGAGAUGCAAGAGCUCAGACAGUGGAUGGUGGAAGGACCGAAAAAGUUGACCAUUGAUGAUGAAACACAUUUCUGUGACCCUGAAGUGUUGAAGAAUGUUUUAGGUUUGAAAACUGUAUUUGAUCAACUAGAGUCAGAAGAGAUGAGACGAGCAAGGACACGAUCCAAUCCAUUUGAGACAAUACGUGGUGUAAUUUUUCAAAACAGGGCUGCUAUGAAAAUGUCGAACAUGGAUGCUAUUUUUGACUUCAUGUUUACCAAUCCAACAGAUGAAAAAGGGAACUCCCUCAUUUUAAGUAAUGAACUGUUGUAUUUUGCUGACGUAUGUGCGGGACCGGGAGGUUUUUCAGAAUAUGUGCUGUGGAGGAAAGGCUGGCACGCAAAAGGUUAUGGUUUUACAUUGAAAGGGCCAAAUGAUUUCAAACUAGAAGAAUUUUUUGCAGGACCUCCAGAAACUUUUGAGCCUUACUAUGGUGUUGGUGGUGUUGAAGGUGAUGGUGAUAUCUAUGUUCCUGAGAAUCUCCGAGAGUUUAGAAGAUUUGUUAUGGAGAAUACUGAUGGAAGAGGGCUUCAUUUUGUUAUGGCUGAUGGAGGGUUUUCUGUGGAAGGACAAGAAAACAUCCAGGAAAUCUUAUCAAAACGACUUUACCUUUGCCAGUUUCUCUGUGCCUUGUCUGUUCUUCGAACUGGUAGGUAUCUGUUCUUCAAAUUUGUAAAUUUCACUAUUAGUUUUGAAUAUUUUGUCUCU